AUGUUCUCCUCAACGACAGUUAGUCUUUUACUUGUGGCGAUGAUUUUUGUAUCGCAUACGCAUAGCAAUCCCGUAUCGGACGAUGAAUGUCAAGCUCAGUUUUACCCCAACGAUGAGUGUCGAGGAUCGAUAGCAGCACCUAUACAAUGCGUAUCAAAAAAACUCAACUUGGCUGAUACAGAGAUUUCAUCAUGUACAUCUGUCGGCUUAUUCUGGUCUUAUCCAACUAACAAUUUCACAUUAAUAAUUGAAACACCAUUCACAAAAGCGCAACAAGCAUACAAACUUGAAAUCGACAAUGAACUAUUGAGAGCAUCCGUUUUCCAUUUUUAUCGAAUUGUCGAUGGUCAAGAAACAGAAAUCACUACUGAUGAUAAGAAACUUAUUCAAAAUUCAGAUGAAAAUUUUCAAACUGUUUAUAGUCGACGAAGUGAUAUUGAUUUUAAUGCUUAUAACAAAGGCAACUUUAUCGAUGGUAUAGAAGGUGGGAUGUGUGGUACAAUUAUCGAUUUGGGUUCCAGUGCAGAUCUUCAACGGGGAAAUGCUUUUCAACCGAUGAAAGAAUCCGAUGAGUUAUUUCAACAAGGCAAAUCAGGGGCAACGGUAGCUGUUAAACUUGGUCAUGAUUAUGCUCUACGAAUAAUAGAUCGUUUUACACCGACUUUUGAGCUGAUUGUCAAAAUGCUAGUUAUUGCCUUUGAACCGAAGAUAUCACUUACGAUCCGAUGGGAAGUUCUGCCAUUAAAGAAAAUCAUUUAUCCAUCACGAUUCCUUUUUCAUCAAUAA